AUGCAUUUGAUUGCAUUUCUGCAGCGAGAUGCUUCCCGUUUGACAAGGAAGUUUUGCUUCUUUCUGAUCUUCUGCUACCCUCCGACGCUGAUCCGACGCUACUUGGCGGGGGAGGAACACCACUGGAACAGCAGCAGAUACCACUCACUGGCCAGUGACGUUGCAGUGCGAGAUCAAUCGGCCAGCCACGUCGAGUCCUGCGAAAAAGGCGGGAGGCGCUUCAUCUCACUGCUGGGCGAAACCGACCGCCACUACACCGGUUUUCAGGCCUUUGCCUUCAGCACAGCGCAGCACAGCACAGGUCAGGCCGGGUCGGUCAAGCAAGAAGCCGGGCCCAGUGUCUUACCCCAGACGAUAGGCGCCCACUCUUCCCGAAGGCAAGUGUAG